AUGGGACCCCCAUGGCAAGCCACCAGCGACCCCCACCGCCGUGCAUCUGAUGGCGACCGUGGCGUCAAGCUCACUGAUAUCCUUCUCUCCCCAGCAGUGGAGGAAACAGAGGCGCUGCAGAGGAAAGUGGAGGAGCUGGCAAAGGAAAAUAAAGACCUGAAGAACAAAAUAGCAGAAGGAAAGGCUGCAAUAGAGACCAGUGACGAGAACCCCUUCCGUGCACCCCAGCUGGUCCUAAACACCCCGGCAAACUCCAGGAAGGAUCUGUGGGGCCAGCCCUGCAGUACCCCCCAGGCAGCCCCCACAGACCCUCCCAGGCAGGAUGAGGGGGGUAUGGCAGCACUGCAGGUGGCACUGGAGAAGGCACAGACACAGCAGGCGACACUGGAGAGGGCCAGCAGGUCAGCAGAGGAGCAGCUUGGCACUGUGAGGAGGCAGCUGGAGGAGGCCAUGGAGAAGGCACUGGAGGAGAGGAUGAGGGAGAGGGAGAGGGAGAGUAACAGUGACCUCAACCUGGCCAGGAAGGAAGUGGCUGACCUGGCCUCUCCCUUUCUCCCACUCUCCCAGGCAGCAGCACUGGAGAGAGAGCAUCGCAUGGCUGAGAGUCGAGUGAGGCAACUGCAAGAGGAGGCAACCAGGUUCGACAAGGCAGUGUUGUCUUCAUUAUCUCACUACCAGGUGUCAUCUCUUCACUGUAUCUUCUCUCAGGUGUCGGGACUCAAGGUGAAGCUGUCGGUGGCAGAAGUUGACCUGAGUAAGCUGUCAGAGCGGGUGGAGGAGGCGGAGAGACUUGCAGAGGGCAGAAAGAUCUGUUUGGAGGAGAAGGAGAAGGCUGUUGGGGAGGCUGAGGCAAGUGUGGCCAGUUUGCAGCAGCAGGUGAAGGAUUUGCAGAUUCAGCAUGAGCAGGGGGUCACAAGGGAGGUCACCAGGGCCAAGGAGCAAUGGGAGGCCAAGCUAAUUGGUGUAAGGUCACAGGAGGAAAAGGUGGAAGAGUUAAUGAGGCAGCUGGAGGAGGCAGAGGAGAAGGUGGAGCAGAUGAAAGUGGAGGCAAAACAGCAGUGUGAAAAACUGAAGGAGGAAAUGGAGGAAGCAAAGAGAGAUGGAGAGAAGAAGACUUUGGAGGCAAGGAAGGAGGGAGAGAGGAAACAGGAGGAGAUAAAGAGAAAUAUGGAGGAGCUAAUGAAAAAGGCACAUGCAGCAGAGGAAAGGGCACAGGAGGCCAGCAGGAGGGAGGAGGCAGCAAGAGGUGAGAAAUUAACAGCAGAAUUGAAUGCCUGGGAGAUGGAAGGCAAGAUUGACCCUCUUAAGAAUGAACUAAGUCACUACUUGGAAGCUGCAAACACCCUUAAGACAGAGAUUGAGGCAUUGAUGGAGGCAAAAACAGAGGCAACAAAUCAACUUUCUUCCGCUCUGUCAACCGUGGAAGAAAAGAAGAGGAAAAUUGAUGAACUGGAGAGAAAAAUGGAGGUGGAAAGAGCUGAGGUGGACGUACAGAGAGUGGAGGAAAGAGAGAAAUUGAUGGAGGAAAAACAGGCCCUCCUUGAAGAGAAAAAUGGCCUAGUGGAGGAAAGAGAGAAAUUGAUGGAGGAAAAACAGGCCCUUCUUGGAGAGAAAAAUGUCCUGGUGGAGGAAAGAGAGAAAUUGAUGGAGGAAAAACAGGCCCUUCUUGGAGAGAAAAAUGCCCUGGUGGAGGAAAGAGAGAAAUUGAUGGGGGAAGGAGAGAAAUUGAUAGAGGAAAAGCAAAUCCUGACUGGAGAGAAAAAUAUCAUAGAGGAGGAAAGAGGGAAAUUGAUGAAGGAAAGAGAAACCUUGAUUGGAGAGAAAAAUGCUUUAGUGGAGGAAAAAGAAAUCUUGAUUGGAGAGAAAAAUAAUAUGGAGGAGGAAAGAGAGAUAUUGAUGGAGGAAAAACGAACCCUGACUGGAGAGAAAAAUAUCAUGAUGGAGGAAAGAGAGAAGCUGAUGGAGGAAAAACAAACCCUGACUGGAGAGAAAAAUAAUUUGGAGGAGGAAAGAGAGAAAUUGAUGGAAGAAAAUCACAUUUUGAUUGGAGAGAAAAAUAUCCUGAUGGAGGAAAAACAGAUCCUGGUUGGAGAGAAAAAUAUCCUGAUGGAGGAAAGAGAGAAAUUGAUGGAGGAAAAACAAACCCUGACUGGAGAGAAAAAUAUCCUGAUGGAGGAAAGAGAGAAAUUGAUGGAGGAAAAACAGAUCCUGGUUGGAGAGAAAAAUAUCAUGAUGGAGGAAAAACAGAUCCUGGUUGGAGAGAAAAAUAUCCUGAUGGAGGAAAAACAAACCUUGACUGGAGAGAAAAAUAAUUUGGAGGAGGAAAGAGAGAAAUUGAUGGAGGAAAAACAAACCCUGACUGGAGAGAAAAAUAUCCUGAUGGAGGAAAGAGAGAAAUUGAUGGAGGAAAAACAGAUCCUGGUUGGAGAGAAAAAUAUCAUGAUGGAGGAAAGAAAAGCCUUAAUUGGAGAGAAAAAUGCUUUGGUGGAGGAAAAAGAAAUAAUGAUUGGAGAGAAAAAUAACAUGGAGAAGGAAAGAGAGAAAUUGAUGGAGGAAAAACAGAUUUUGGUUGGAGAGAAAAAUAUCCUGGUGGAGGAAAAACAGAUCCUGGUUGGAGAGAAAAAUAUCAUGAUGGAGGAAAGAGAGAAAUUGAUGGAGGAAAAACAGAUCUUGGUUGGAGAGAAAAAUACUAUGGUGGACAAAAGAGAGAAAUUGAUGGAGGAAAAUGAAACCUUGAUUGGAGAGAAAAAUGGUCUGAUGGAGGAAAGAGAAACCCUCCUUGGAGAGAAAAAUUCCAUGAUGGAGGAAAAUGAAACCUUGAUUGGAGAGAAAAAUAGUCUGGUGGAGGAAAGAGAGAAAUUGAUGGCAGAAACAAGUAAACUGAUGGAGGAAAACCACAAUCUGAUUGGAGAGAAAAAUAAUAUGAUGGAAGAAAGAGAUAAAUUGAUGGAGGAAAAAGAAGCCUUGAUUGGAGAGAAAAAUAAUAUGAUGGAAGAAAGAGAUAAAUUGAUGGAGGAAAAAGAAGCCUUGAUUGGAGAGAAAAAUAAUAUGAUGGAAGAAAGAGAUAAAUUGAUGGAGGAAAAAGAAACCUUGAUUGGAGAGAAAAAUUAUAUGAUGGAAGAAAGAGAUAAAUUGAUGGAGGAAAAAGAAACCUUGAUUGGAGAGAAAAAUAAUAUGAUGGAAGAAAGAGAUAAAUUGAUGGAGGAAAGAGAAACCCUCCUUGGAGAGAAAAGUACCAUGGUGGAGGAAAGAGACAAAUUGAUGGAGGAAACAUGCAAACAGUUAGAUGAAAGGAGGAAACUGGAAGAGGAAGUGGAGAGACUGAACAUCAACAAGAAUCUAGAGCAAGAGAGAAACAAGGUGGAGAGAAAGAGACAAGAGGUGGAGGAGAUGAGGGAGGAGGAGAGAAAUUCCCUCCAUGCUUCUCUCCAGCGACUGAGAGAAGAGAUGGAAGGGAGAGAAGAGGAGUGUUGCAUUCUGAGGUGCCAGCAGGUGUCAUCACCACCAUCAGCUCACCUGUCUCUCUUGCAGCAGGUGGAGAGAGAGAGGGAGGAGAUGCAGAGGAAAGUGGAGGAGGUGAGGGAGGAGUUUGACAGUUACCGGCAAGUAAUUGUUAUGCUGGACAGACAGAGAGGACUGGUGCCCUGUGUGGCAGAGGUGCAAAGUGAGAGGGAGGAGGAAUUAGAGAGGCAGGUAAACAGUUUGGAGAAGAUCAACAGAGCUCUGCAUCACAACCUUCUCUCCCUGCAAAGAGAGAGAAGAACAGGAAGUGUGAAAGAAGAGGAAGAGAAAGAAGAUGAGGAAGGGAGGAGAACAGACAAUGCACUGAUGAAGAUGGAUGAAGAAGAGGAGGAGGAAGAGGAGGAGGAGGAGGAGAUGGAAAAGAACACAAACAAGAACCAAAUGAGGAAUAAAGUGAACAAUUUGAGUAAGACACUGCAAAGAUUAGAGCAUUGUUACUCUCUCUUCACCAAUCAACUGGAAGAUUCACUGGGGAAGAUAGAGGAACCACAGAGUCCAGGCAGCACACCAGCACCCAGAUUGGCAUUCCUGCAGGCCACAGCGGCACAGAGGCUCUCAGCACUGCUGGAAGUGAAGGAGAGAGUGAGGAGACUAAGAGAGAGACUGGACUGCUUGGGAGAGUCUGCCCAUCUUCUUCAUCUGGAGCUUGGGAGAUGUGUGGAGGGAUUGAUGGAGCAGGGUGCAAGAUUGGAGACUCUGCAAGACCAGGUAGAGGAGGAGGUGGUAGAGAUGAGGGAGAAGCUGGCACAGGUUAUUCUCCAUCUGAGGGAAAUGGGAGGACACCUCAUCUCCCACUCACAAAUGGCUGAGGAACUAAUAGAGCAGAUUUCAAAGAAGCUGGAGGAGAUGAAGGAGGAGGAGGGAAACAAGGAAAAAAAUAAGACAACAGAUAGACUAGAGCUUCUCUUAAGACUGCAGGCCGAGAGAGACAAGCAGUCUGCCCUCUGCACCAGCCUGCUGAUCGACCUCACACACACACAGGACCUGCACACACAUGCACAGAGACGCUCAGAGGAGCUCGGCAACCUGAACGCUGAACUGAGCAGCAAGAACGACCUCUUGGGGUCCUGCAAUGACAUACUACAGGCCAAAAAUAAGGAGUUGGCAGGCCGCAUUGAAGAGCUCGAGGGCCACAUUUCUGAGCUGCAGUGCAAGAAUGACGUGCUGUCUAUGCAUGGUGACCUGCAGGAAGGCUACAGGCAAGUUGUGAGGGAAAAUGAACUGCUGAAGGAGGAAAUCUUGGUCUGCAGAGAAAGAACUGACUUUUUAGACCAGGAAGGGGAAGGAAAAGGAAGAUCAUUCACUCCUAAGGCCCUGGUGAAAGAAGAAGUGAAAGAAGAGAAGGAGGAGGAGGAGGGGGAAUCAGGGAAGGAAAAUAAGGUGGAGGAGGGAAAGCUGAAGGAAUUACAACAGGAAAAUGAUGAACAGCGAAGAAAAAUUGAAGACUUAGAGGAAGAAAAACAGAGGAAAACUCAACAAAUGGAAGAGGAAAGGAGGAGGAAGAUGAAAGAACUAGAAGAGGAAAGCAGGAUUAAGAUGAAAGAACUGGAAGAGGAAACUGAGAAAAAGACAAAAAUAAUGCGAGAAAGAGAAAGAGAAAUGGAGAGAGAGAAAAAAGAGACAGAGAAAGAGAGAGAGAAACUGGAACAAGAAAUAGAGAGAGAGAGAGGGAAGAGAAAGAGGAGAUAGAGAAACAGAGAAACACCCUGAAGGAACAAUUGGAGGAAGAAAAGAAAGAAAGAGAGGAAAUGAAGGAAGAGAAGGAAAGAGAAAUUAUAAGAAAAGAAGAAGAGAAGAAGGAGAUAAUGAAGAGGAAGGAAGAAGAAACGAAGGAGA